AACCCUCAUCUUAACUCCGGUGCACCGCAACGCUGAUUGGUAAGCCCUAGUCAUUCAUUAACCCUCAAAAACCCUAAAUCGGCCUCUGCCAAUUCACAUUCUUCGUCUCUCACCGCCACCACCACCACCACCUCCGCCGCAACUACCACCACCACCACCUCUCGAUGAAGAAGAGAGCACGAGAGCCUAAACCCAUACUUCCCGCUCUCGCAUCCGCCACGGGACCUGGUUUAAUCAAACACUUGGCAUCAUGUAAUACCACAGUCAGAUCUCAAUCCCUCCGCCUUCUCCAGUCCUGGCUCCUCUCGGAAACUCAGCAGCUCUCCGAUUCCGACAUCAAAAAGCUUUGGAAAGGUCUUUUCUACUGCCUCUGGCACGCUGACAAGAGCCCCAAUCAGCUAGCCCUAAUUAAUCGGCUCACCUCUCUGUUUUUGUCUCUCCAACCCGCGCUUUCUUUGGAGUUUUUUCGUGGAUUUAUAGUUACCCUUCGGAGGGAAUGGUCUGGGAUUGACCGUUUGAGGUUAGAUAAGUUCUACUUGCUGAUACGCUGUUUUAUGAAGUCGCUGUUUGAGCUAAUGAGGUUGAAGAAAUGGGAUGUUGACGUUUUGGGGGAAUAUUUUGGGGUUUUGGAGAAGGAUGCUUUCUUGGCAGAGGAUAAACUGCAGGGGAAUGGGGUGAACUAUCAUGUGGUGUCUGUUUUUCUCGAUGAGUUGAAGGGGGUCGGUUUUCCCGUGAGGAAGGAGGUGCUCGACGUGAUUUUCAAACCAUUUUUUAAUGUUAUGAUGAGGGGCACUGAUAGGAUUUUGUUGGGGAAGGUGAAGAGUUGCUUGUUCGACGAGUUAGUGAAGAUGGGGAAGGAAAUUUUGGCGAAGAAGAGUUCAGGAGUGGAUUGUGAUGAGAAGGAUGGAGAUGUGUUGUUAGGGGUGGUUGCGUUGAAGAUGGGGUUAUCGGAGAAAUUGUACCAGGUUGGUUCUUCGGAAGAAUGUGUUCAAGGGAAUAGAAAGGUUUUAUUAGGGUUGCACGAGCAGUUUCUGAAGUUGGAAAAGGAAGUGGAAACAUCUGGAUUUGAAAUAGCUAUACCCGAAUACAGUGAUAGUGGUGACUAUGACGAGGUGCCUCAGUUGAUCCCCAUUGAUUUCGAUGCUCUUAAGGCUAGUGUCGAAAUUGGGGCAGAGGAUAAUGACGUAAUCUUGAAGAAGAAGAAGAAGAAUAAGAAGGCGAAAACAGAGGUGGAUGGAGAUGAUAAGAAGAAGAGGAAGAAGAAGAAGUUAAAAGGUGACAAUGUGCUCCCGGAAAUUAACUCUGCGGCCGCAGAAAAUGGUGAUUUGGUCACGCUUAAUGAAACUGAGAAUUUAGGGUCCCAGAAUGAUUCCGAGAGUAAUCCAAGUGUUGACCUUGAAAGCGACGGAGCUGCAGUGAAUUUGGAUGAAAAUGUGAUAUUGAAUCUUCAAAAGCAAUUUGAGAAAGUUGCUGCUGAAAUGGGUUCAGAUUGUGAUCAAGAUUCCGACACUCCUAUAAUUUCUGUGAAACGUAGUAAGAGAAAGAGAUCAAAAAUUGCAGAAGGGGAGAAACGUGGGACAAUUAUAGAUGGUGGAGUUGACGGUGCUGCAAGUGUGGAGAAAAGUGGGAAGAAGGUUAGGUUUUCGAUGAAGAAUAACUUGGUUUGGAAACCACAGACUCCUUUGCCGCCUGAAAGUUUGAGAUUGCCACCAUCUGUUACCCCGAGAGGUAGUGCGUUGAAGAAGGGAGUACUUCCAGGGCCUAUUGUGGAGAUGCCAUCUCUCCGGAAAAAGGCGAAGCUGAAGAAGAAAGGUCAGAAAAGAGUGCAGACUGCCACACCCAUGACCAAACGAAGGAAAAACAUGCAAACACGAUCUGCGUGAUUGUGUUUUCAGGUUGGAGGAUUUUAUACUCAUCUGCGUUAGUUGUUUGUUUGUUUCUUUUAUGUUUUUCGUUUUAGACGGUUUGAGUAUUCGCAUGCAUUCAAUGGUUUUGUCAGAGGGGUAAUAUCGGAGUUGUACUCUUAAAAUUCCUAGUAACGUGUAUUUUGUUCUUCUUUUGCUUUAAUUUGGUAAUGUAUUGGGGUUAUGCACUAACGUACAUUAAUCUUAUAAGAACCUGAGAGCUUGCCUUACAGCAGUUUUUCGGUAAUUCAUUUUCAAGACAUUGUUGGUUCUUUUGUUAUAUUGCUAAUUUUAGAUUUAGUUUGA